GGACCUCUAGAUGGUGUGCUACGUGUUGGUCUCAUUGAAGCGGACAGAUCCCAGGUCCGUUCAGUGCUCAAGUCCCUGAUUGCGCAUGUCCUGAGUACAUCGAGUGCGAUGUCUACUUCGGGAAGACCCAUAUCCGGCAUACCGUAUGAUCCGAUCAUGGAUCCGCUCGUACCUCCACCACCCACCGGGGACCCCUUUGCUCCACUGCCACAGAAGAGCCGCAACGUGCAUACUUGCCGCAAUGUCGGUACCGCCUUUAAUGAAUCUCCAUCCGGUGGCCGCAUGAGCCUCGAGAGUCUCCGAGACCACAGCGCAAACUCUCAUCAUCGGUCGCUGGAGACACCCCUCGAAGCGCGACCAGCUGACUCGCGUCUUGCUCUUAUCGCCGCGCCUGGCCGACAACAAGCAUUCUCCGCACACUGUAACGGGGCCCUCCAUCCGAUACCGACGCUCGUCUCUGGCCAGGCCUUCCGUCGGAAGAGCGACUGUGGGCGUGGUCUGGCGCAUCGAUUGGCAUGCAGGAUCGCGCGGCAUCACAUGGGCGAUGCUGUUGCUGCUGGGAGGGCAGGGAUUCGACCACGGCCAACGUGGCUUCUGUUGCGCGCCACCGUUGCUCGACACAUAAAUUAUUGAAAAAGCAUGGGCUCGAAGAGCUUGGUUGUCAGUGCCGAGCAGCCUGUAUCAUUCUGCGAGUGGCUCAAUGACAAUCGACGAGGGACACUGGAACUGCA